AUGGCGACCCCCAGUAAUCUGUCGUUAGAUGAGAUACGUAAAUAUUUAAUUGAAAGUGGAGGUUCUGCUCGCAAUCGUGAUCUAGUUAAACAUUUCAAGUAUUUUUUAACAGAUCCCGAAACGCGAGUCGAGGCGAGAAAUAAAUUCAAGGAAUACGUCAAUGUCUUGGCGACAAUUAAAAAUGAAGAGGGGGAAAAGUAUUUAGUACUUAAAAAAAAGUACAUUGACAGUGUUGAUGAUUUAGUAACGUCGUAUCCCUAUGUGUCAUCAAGCACAUCAUUAGAGAUAGAGAGCCCUGAUUUUUUAACACCUACGUCGCCGCUUCGAGAUCCUCCGCCUUACCGUCCACCUCCUCCAGCUCCUCUAAGUCCGUCCAAUUCCGAAAUUAUCCCAUCUCCGUCUCACGUGUCGAGCACUCGAGCUACUCAAGAUCAAUUAUACUCAAAGUCCCCAACUCAUUCAGUUUUUAAUUCAAGUACCUCUAAUUUAAAUAUCACCAUCGAUGGUAGUCCUAAUUAUCCUUCCAAUCAAAUUUUUGGCUCUAUUACAAAUAAUUCGAAUUUUGUGGCAUCUAAUCAACAAAGUCAACAAAAUAUAUCAGAAAUUAAUACGGACUAUACCUCUCCAAUAAUAAAUUCACCUCCAGUUCCUCCGCGAAGAAAGAGCCAGGACAAAUUUAAGCUAGAAAAUAAAGAAAAUAAAGAAAAUAUCAGCAAUAAAGGAAAAAAUGAACAGGAAAUUAUCAAGGAAGAUCAAGGACCACCAGAAAGUCUUGGAACAUCUGAGUUACCGAGUGUUAGAGAACGAAUGCAGCGUUUCAAUCGCAUGGCCAGUGAAACUGAUCUCCACGGUCGUCCGAACAGUGCAACAACUCCAACUAAGAAACGUUCUGACAAGGGUACCGAUGAGGAUGACAGUGCUUCCGUUGCAUCUCAACAAUUGGAUGGAAAAGCACGAGAAUGGUUAGUCCGAGCAGCUCAGGGUGACUAUCAAGCACUAGCCAAACUAGCAGCAGAGGAGCCACGUCUGACAAGGCAGAGG